CACAUCAGAAUGCCUGAACCCGCCAAGUCUGCGCCUAAGAAGGGCUCCAAGAAAGCCGUGACCAAGACGGCCGGUAAAGGAGGCAAGAAGAGGAGAAGGACCAGGAAGGAGAGCUACGCCAUCUACGUCUACAAGGUGCUGAAGCAGGUCCACCCCGAUACCGGCAUCUCGUCGAAGGCCAUGAGCAUCAUGAACUCGUUCGUUAACGACAUCUUUGAGCGCAUCGCCUCCGAGGCCUCCCGUCUGGCUCACUACAACAAGCGCUCCACCAUCACCUCCAGGGAGAUCCAGACGGCCGUGCGCCUCCUGCUGCCCGGUGAGCUGGCCAAGCACGCCGUGUCUGAGGGCACCAAGGCGGUCACCAAGUACACCAGCUCCAAGUAAACCUACGGUUUACCAUCAAAACCCAAAGGCCCUUUUUAGGGCCACA